GAAGAAGUAAUGUGUUGUCUGCAGGGCGGUUCCCUCAAGUUAAACCCGUCAGACUUUCACAUUUUCUAACUUCUAGGAGUGAAACAGCAGCGAGUGAAGAAGAGAUCAGAAAUCAUCCAGGAAAAGUUACUAAAUAUUACAUUCACACCUGAAAUGGACAAAGACCUACAGACCACUCUGCUGCAAAUCAGUGAUGAGCUCGCAGAUAAAGAAGUGGAGGCCAUGAUCUUUUUAUGUGGAAAGAAUUUAAAAGAAGCAGAUAAGGAAAACAUAAAAGAGGGAACAACGCUGUUUUCAACUCUGAAGAAGAAGGGUUUUGUUUCAAAAGACAAUUUGCUUUUUCUUAAAGAACUUCUGAGUAAAAUAGGUAGAAAAGAUAUCUUAGCAAAUGUCCUAAAGACUACAGAAAAUGAAAUGGAAGAGCUUGAAAGAUCCUUCCAGCAUGUUCCCAAAUACAGGUCCCUGCUUUAUGAUAUUUCUAUGAAUCUAGCCUCUGAAGAGACUGAGAAAAUCAUGUUUUUGUUAUCUGAUGAGAUAAGGCACCUUCGUAACCUUAACAAAGCAAAAUGCAUGAUGGUGGUCCUUUCUGAAAUGGAGAAACAAAGAAAAUUAAGUGAAGAUAAUCUGCAAAUGUUGAAAUCUCAUUUAGAGGAAAUCGGACGAUCAGACCUCUCUCACAAAAUAAAGACAUUUGAAGAGCAGUGUCAUCAGAGUGUGCUUCACACUGAAUUAGAGAAAAUGGCUAUUCAAGAAGCAUCAGGCGGUGAUGUAAAUGUAAACAGCGUUCAGCACGAUAAUGAGAAUGAUCCAUCACUAACAGAUAACCAAUUUGAAGAAUACAAGCUGGACAAAAUCCCGCAUGGUCUGUGCGUUGUUGUGAAUAAUUACAACUUCAGUGAAGCCAGGAAAAGUGGAAUGAAAAUGAAGGACAGGCCUGGGACACACCAGGAUGCAGACACAAUAUGCAGAGUUUUUAGUUCACGGGACUAUGAAGUAAUUCAACACAAUGAUCUUACUGGUGAACAAAUGCUAAAUACUAUUAAGAUCUAUGCAAAGGAGAAUCACGCUGAAAAAGACAGCUUUGUGUGUUUUGUACUCAGUCAUGGGGACAAAGGGAUUGUGUUUGGUACAGAUGGAAAAAAGGUGCCAGUCAAUGGCCUAACAGACUGCUUUAAUGGUCUGCAAUGUCCAUCACUAGUUGGGAAACCCAAAGUCUUCUUCUUUCAAGCAUGCCAAGGAGAUAAAUCUGAUACAGGUGUCCUCUAUGUCAGUGACAGCAUUUCAUCGGUGUAUGUAAAUGAUGCCCUUGGCCAAAAACUUCCAAUAACUGCGGAUUUCUUAACAGCUUUUGCCAGUGUUGAAGAGUAUGAAUCUUUAAGGUGCCCAACAACUGGCUCUGUCUAUAUUCAGACUCUGUGUUCAGCCCUACAGAAUCAUCAUUUUUUCACAACAGACUUGAUAAGAAUUAUUACACAUGUGCAGAAUAAGAUAGCAGAUAGAGAUUACACCAUAAAAAAAGAAUAUGGAUAUCUGGAAGUGAAGCAGAUGCCAACGCAUCAAUCUGAAUUGCGUAAAAUACUGAUUUUACCACCCCCAUCCAAUGGACAACAAGCAAGCUAAUUACCUCGUAUAUAGGAAACAACCAAUAGCACAAUGUGAUUUUAACCUGACAUGCAACCCGAACAAUCUGGAGUAAGGACGACUGAAUGUGCAAGACUCAUGAGUAACAAGACUUCUCGUAAUUUAGAGAAACUAUUAUUAUAGUAAAAUAUUCUAUGUUUUGAAUUACGUGAUUACGUCUUAUAACUAUUAGUAAGGCCUCAUGCACACGACAGUUGUUUUUCUCGGCCUCCGUUCCGUUUUUUUUGCGGAUAGGAUGGUGACCCAUUCAUUUCAAUGGGUCAGCAAAAAAAUGCUGAUAGUUUAUCCGUUUGUAUUCCGCGUAAAUUGUCCGUGUUUCCCUUGAGCAAAAAAUAUAGUGCAUGUCCUACUUUUUUCACAUUUGCGGACAAGGAUAGGCAUUUAUUGCAAGGGAUCUGUGGAAAAAAACGGAUCCUCCAAAAAAAAAGGAUGCCGCAUUCUUUUUUUUGACGGACGCACAAUUUGCGGACUCAAAAAACAACUGUUGUGUGCAUGAGGCCUAAACUGGAUAUCUUCUUGAAGGAUCUGUAUUCUUAAAGACUAUGGACACCUUUGACAUGGAAAAUGAUUUUUACAUAUGUUAGUAGUUACCUUGAAUUACAAAUUUGCAUUAAGUCUCAGUCUGCAGUCUUCAUUCCUUCAUUCUUUUUUAGAUCCACAAAAUGCAGUUUGCCCCCUGCUGCUAGUUUCAGACUUUUUCAAUGUGGUUGAGCCUCAUCCAAUAACAUGUGCUGGAGGUGAGGUCUGUGUGUCCAGGAUGCUGCUGUCUUCUCUGGCUCCCAUUUAUCAGCACAACUUCAUUUUUCGACUAAUUUCCCUUUCUACAGAUCAUGGAUAAUCUUUUCUCACUUGUGCUCACAUACAAUGAAAGAAAGGGAAAAAAAGAGCUGAAAGAUCAAUACCAAAUAGGCGGGGGCCCAACUCCCAGAAGUAUAGGCUGUGUGAAGAGGUUGUGGUGUUCUGGUGAGCGCUGUAGCCUUCUCAUACCAUAACAAGCACAGCGAUGUACAUUAUGUAGCGGCCAUAAACUAAAAUAGGACUCAGUUGCAAACAAGCCAUGUGAUCGAUGAAUGUGACAUCACUGGCUUGGAAGCCUCUUCAAACUACUGAUGGGGGCUGGGGGGAAGGGGGGAGUUGAAUCCCCAUGAUCAGAUAUGAAUGACCUAUCCUGAGAAUAGGCCAGGAAAAUCGUUUAAUUGUACAUUUAUGAAGCAAAUGAACAAUAAAACCAUUUCAGUGCAAAGGUGUUCAAAGGCUUUAAGAUCAACUUCAGAUGUGGUCACAUUGUUAAGAACAUUUGGUUUGGACUUCUACUGGAAAUCUGCACUAAAAAUAUCUACAAAUGAAUACGAUAUUUUGAAACCUCAUUAGCAUGCUGCAUACAAAAUGUAACCUCUUACUGCUCUGUGAUGUACUACUAUGUCAAGAGCACUGGUACUUAAACGGGUUGUCUCACUUCAGCAAAGGGCAUUUAUCACGUAGACAAAGUUAAUACAAGGCA